AUGGCCACUUCCUCAAACAUCCCACCGAGCAAGAAAAUGGCGGCGAUGCCUUCCGGCUCUGAACUGGUCGCAUUCGACCACAGCGCCGCAGGACAUGAAGGGAUCAGCUCCAACGCCUCGGGAUCUCUGAUCAUCAAGCCAUGCACGCAGGCCGAGAUCGACUUCUACGAAUCCGCCAAAGACCAUCCUCUGUUCCAAGCGCACAUGCCGACCUUUAUCGGAUCGCUCUGCCAAAAUGAAGAUCAGGAUGCAGUCAAGCCGCUCCUGGAAGCCGCUCAACCCCAAGUCCAGUUCCUACAAGACCAUGCUUCCAGCGCAGGCACAACCGCAGUCGGGAAGGGAAGCGAAGACACAGGAAACGCAGUCAUCGCAGACUCUACAGUUACACCAGAACUAGUGAAACGCGCGAGCUGGAAACCCUCGGGCGGCAAGAAAAUAUCGACGGGGUUGGCGAUCGUACUGGAGAAUGUGGCGGGGGGAUUCAAACGUCCAAACGUACUCGACGUCAAGCUCGGCGCGCGGCUCUGGGACGAUGACGCGCCGCUCGCGAAACGGCGCAGAUUGGAUGAAGUGGCGGAGCGCACUACGAGCGGCAAUCUAGGGUUUCGCGUUGCCGGGAUGAAAAUGUGGUGUCCCCCCGCCCUAGAAGACGACGAGAGAUCAACCAAUACUGCUGCCGCCGCAGACAAGAAACGUACAGCAGGAAAUGGAGAUGUUCAGAAUGGAGGGGACGAGUCAGAUGAAGCCAAUGUCGGGUGGAAGAAUGGAUAUAAAUCCUACAACAAGCUUUACGGCCAAUCCUUUUCCAAGGACAACGUCGUUGACGCGUUAACGACAUAUCUUGGUGGGGUGGGAAGCGACGACCACCAGCCCGGUAAGACGGUGUUCAAGCGGAAACGGGCUGCUUUGAUUGCGAAAAGACUCAUUCGUGAGCUUGAAAGUAUUCAGUACGCUCUGGAGAACGAGGAGAGCAGAAUGUACAGCGCGAGCGUGCUUAUGGUGUACGAAGGCGAUGAGGAGGCUAUGGAGGUUGGACUCCAGAAUGAAGAGGAAGAGGAUAAACGGGAAAGGGAGAGACAAAAGAAUGGAGAGGUUGAAACUGCUGAUGAGGAUGAGGACGAUGAGGAGGAUGACGAAGACGAGGAGAUACCGCAGAAGGUCCUUGAAGUUCGACUCAUUGACUUCGCCCAUGCCUCCUGGACGCCCGGUCAGGGGCCGGACGAAAAUGCUCUCAUGGGUGUUCGCAGUUUACUACGCCUUCUGAAGGGGCUGGUUGAAUAG